UCCAACCCGUAAGUGUUUAUCAGUCUCACAAACACAAACACAAACACAAACACAAACAACCAAAACAACUUCUCCAACCUUCAAUGCAACAAAACAAUCAUUAGUUCUUCAAAUACCCUUUUUCCUCCACCUCUUUCACAUCCCCGAUUCAUUCAUUUAUGGCACAAACCGCCACCACCGCUACCCCAACCUCCACCCGCACCCGCACCCCCACCAUCUCCAGGUCCAACUCCAACAAAGAACAAAGCCCUCUCUUAGGCCGCUAUGAGGUCGGCAAACUUCUCGGUCAUGGCACCUUCGCCAAAGUCUACCACGCACGCAACAUCAAGUCCGGCGAAAGUGUGGCCAUCAAAGUUAUUGAUAAAGAAAAGAUUUUGAAAAGUGGACUCAUGGCACACAUCAAGCGUGAGAUCUCAAUUCUUCGUAGAGUUCGCCACCCCAACAUCGUGCAAUUGUUUGAAGUGAUGGCCACUAAGUCCAAGAUCUAUUUUGUUAUGGAAUAUGUUCGGGGUGGUGAACUCUUUAACAAGGUUGCCAAAGGAAGAUUAAAAGAAGAUCUUGCGAGGAAAUACUUUCAGCAGUUAAUUUCAGCCGUCGGAUUUUGCCAUGCGCGCGGCGUUUACCAUCGUGAUUUGAAACCUGAAAAUUUGUUACUUGACGAGAAUGGUGAUCUUAAAGUUUCUGACUUUGGACUUAGUGCUGUGUCCGAUCAGAUUCGUCAAGAUGGUUUGUUUCACACUUUUUGUGGGACUCCAGCUUAUGUGGCUCCGGAGGUUUUAGGGAGAAAAGGUUAUGAGGCAGCUAAGGUAGAUAUUUGGUCUUGUGGGGUGAUUCUAUUUGUGUUAAUGGCUGGUUAUUUGCCUUUUCAUGAUCAAAAUAUUAUGGCUAUGUAUAAGAAGAUUUAUAAGGGUGAAUUUAGAUGUCCAAGAUGGUUUUCUCCUGAGUUAACCAGGCUUUUAUCAAGGUUACUUGAUACUAAUCCUGAGACAAGAAUUACUAUUCCGGGAAUCAUGGAGUUCAGAUGGUUUAAAAGAGGGUUUAAGCAUAUAAAGUUUUAUAUAGAGGAUGAUAAGCUCUGUAAUGUUGAGGAGGAUGAUGAGACGGAUGUGGGAUCAUCAUCUGAUCAAUCAUUGUCCGAAUCAGAAUCUGAAAUGGAAACAAGAAGGAAAUUAACUUCGUUACCCAGACCAGCUAGUUUGAAUGCAUUUGAUAUUAUAUCCUUUUCUCCUGGAUUUGAUUUAUCUGGAUUAUUUGAAGAGGGAGGAGAGGGUUCGAGAUUUGUGUCUGGAGCUCCGGUUUCAAAGAUUAUAUCCAAAUUGGAGGAGAUUGCUAAGGUGGUGAGUUUUACAGUGAGGAAGAAGGAUUGUAGAGUGAGUUUGGAGGGGUCUAGAGAAGGUGUAAAAGGGCCUUUGACAAUUGCAGCUGAAAUAUUUGAAUUAACACCGAAAUUGGUGGUACUGGAGGUAAAGAAGAAAGGAGGAGACAGAGGAGAAUAUGAAGAAUUUUGUAAUAACGAAUUGAAACCGGGGUUGCAAAAUUUGAUGACGGAGGAAUCAGAAUCUGCAGUUGUUUCUGCUGUUGAUGCUUCUCAUUUGCCCUCGGAUACUGAGUAGAGAGACAGGCAGGCCUCUGUAUGAUGUACUCCUUUUUUUUUUUUUUUUCCUAAUUGCUUUGAUUGUUCUCUUGUGCUACUUAAAUAGAUGCUAUUAUGUAUUGUAUGUUAUGUUCUUAUGUCGAGAUGAUUAGAUUAGUAUACGGAAAAUGAAAAUACAAGUUUCUACUGAUCUUCGCACUUUGGUGGGUGCCUUAUAUGUUGUUUUCUAUCAAUAUCUAAUUGAAAUGAUGAAUGGAUAUAUGCACUUUCCUUUUUC